GGAUAUCAGAUUGAUAAUAGUUCUAGAUAGGCAAAGAAGCCUUGUGCAACUAACCCAGCUACCAUUGUUGGUGAAAGGCCUAUAGAGGAGCGGGAUGAAUUGGAGAAGACAGGAAGCUGAACUAGAGGUGAGGGGUGAACUCUUAGAUCUCUCUGACAGGUGCAAAGUUCAUUCUUAGGAACCCUCAUCCUCAUAAGAUAACCUUAUCAGGGGCCUAGCAGGCCCCCUUCUCCAGAGAGGACUUUAGUCCUCACUAGUCACACAGUGCACGGGCACCGACUGGGGCAGGUGCUGUGAGGGGAGCCAGUUAUCUGCUCACAUAUCAUGGAGCCAAAUGGGACCCAGCUUCGGAGGAGAGAGGGUCUGGGAGAGAAACAAGCAAACAACUCCCCCCUCAAUGAAAGUACCAAAGAACGUGAAAUUCCUGACCUGGUGCAAUUGACAAGGCAUAUGGAGGCUGUGAAGGCAGAGUUGCUGGAACAAGCCCACCAGCAGCUGUCUAAGCUGUUUGAUCAGGCCAUGUGGGAAGCUGUGCAGUCCUAUUCACCUCAGGGCUGGGGAAAAGCCUCAGCCUCCCAGGAAUCCCCAAAAAGAGCCCGGGAAGCAAAUCUUGAGAGACGGAAAGUUUUCAUCCACCGCAAGUCACUGCUCGACGAGCUGAUGGAAGUUAAGCAUUUUCGAACCAUUUAUCACAUGUUCGUUGCGGGUCUAUGUGUCUUCAUCAUCAGCACGCUGGCCAUAGACUUCAUUGAUGAAGGAAGGCUAGUGCUGGAGUUUGACCUCCUGAUCUUCAGCUUUGGACAGCUGCCCCUGGCCCUGGUGACCUGGCUGCCCAUGUUCCUAUGCACACUCCUAGCCCCGUACCAGGCUCUUCGGCUAUGGGCUAGACCCAGAGGCCAGGGGACCUGGUACGCAGGGGCGGGGCUGGGGGCAGGGCUCCUAGCCAUCCAAGUGUCGGUGUUGGGUGUCCUCCCAGUCCACGUGGCCCUGGAGUACCAACUGUCUCCUGCCUCCCGAUGUAUCCUAGUCUUUGAGCAGGUCCGGUUCAUGAUGAAAACUUACUCCUUCCUGAGGGAAGCCAUACCUGUAAUCCUCCACGCUAAAGGAGGUGAAGAAGCUCAAGCUCCCAGUUUCUCCAGCUACCUGUACUUCCUGUUCUGCCCCACACUCAUGUACAGAGAGAGUUACCCCAGGACAACCUAUAUCAGGUGGAAUUAUGUGGCCAAGAACUUUGCCCAGGCCCUGGGGUGUCUGUUCUAUGCCUGUUUCAUCCUUGGCCGUCUCUGUGUGCCCGUCUUUGACAACAUGAGCCGUGAGCCUUUCAGCACCCGAGCCCUGGUACUCUCCAUCCUGCAUGCCACACUGCCUGGUAUCUUCAUGCUGCUGCUUAUAUUCUUUGCCUUUCUUCACUGCUGGCUCAAUGCCUUUGCAGAGAUGCUACGGUUUGCAGACCGAAUGUUCUACAGGGACUGGUGGAACUCAACAUCCUUCUCUAACUACUAUCGCACCUGGAAUGUGGUGGUCCAUGAUUGGCUCUACAGCUACAUAUACCAGGAUGGACUUCGGCUUUUGGGCUCCAGGGCGCGAGGGCCAGCCAUGCUCACUGUGUUCCUGGUCUCUGCUGCCGUCCACGAAUACAUCUUCUCCUUUGUUCUGGGAUUCUUCUACCCGGUUAUGUUGAGUCUCUUCCUUUGUGGAGCAAUGCUUAACUUCCUGAUGCAUGACCAGCACACUGGGGCCGCGUGGAAUGUCCUCCUUUGGACAAUGCUUUUCCUGGGCCAGGGAAUAAUGGUCAGCCUGUACUGUCAGGAGUGGUAUGCCCGGAAGCAAUGCCCGCCGUCCGAGACGAACUUCUGGGGAUUGGUUACCCCACGAUCCUGGUCCUGCCACAUCUAGAGGUCAACAUGCUGCUAUGUUCCUCCAGCCAAAGUCUAGACCUGGGAUUUUACUCCCAGAGUCUCAGCCCCAUCCCCUGGAACCAAGGCAGUACAAUCCUGAGUACCACUCUGGUGGCAAAAAAAACAGCUGGAGUACAUCAAACCUGCCAGUGGGUUCCAGAGAAAGAAACCAGGAGACAAACAGAGAGCUGGACAGAGGGAAAGGUCCUCUCUCUUCCUCUACCUCAGGUUUCAGACACAGAGCUCUGCCCACUCUACACCUCUCCAGAGUUGAAAAGACUUGGGGGAACCUUGGAAGGACUUGAGAGAAUGAGGAAACUUGCAUAAACUGGGGGGUGUUGGGGUGUGGGGGAGUGGGGGUGCUGUCUCCUGUUCCUCUUACCCCCAGCAAUAAACUUCCC